UGUCGUCCGCCUACUGCAGCAGCGGCACUUCCGCUAUCAACAAGCCACAGAUUUGAGAAGCCAAGCCAGCAGCCAGCGUACACCAUUCCAUACCCUUGUCUGAACGUAACUGCGAGAAAUCGACCUCACUUGUGACCUCAAUAAUCUUCAAGAGGGGUUAGAGUGGAAAGCCAUUAUGAGCAAGACCUCUAAAUUGGUAUCCACAAGUGCAAAAAGGAUUCAAAAGGAGUUGGCAGACAUAACUCUGGAUCCUCCUCCAAAUUGCAGUGCUGGCCCCAAAGGUGACAACAUCUAUGAGUGGAGGUCCACCAUCCUGGGGCCUCCAGGUUCCGUCUAUGAGGGAGGCGUCUACUUCCUGGACAUUGCCUUCACUCCCGACUACCCCUUCAAACCACCGAAGGUAACAUUCCGUACAAGGAUCUACCACUGUAAUAUCAACAGCCAAGGUGUGAUCUGCUUGGACAUCCUGAAGGACAACUGGAGUCCAGCCCUCACCAUCUCCAAGGUGCUGCUGUCCAUCUGCUCCCUGCUCACAGACUGCAACCCAGCGGACCCUUUGGUUGGGAGCAUCGCGACCCAGUACACAACAAACAGAGCUGAACAUGAUCGAAUAGCGAAACAGUGGACCAAGCGCUACGCAACAUGACGUGGACAUGGACAUGGACAACUGGGCCUUUAACAAUUGCUGCUUGUGAAACACCUGGACUGCGUUUUAAGGACUUUAGUGUGUGUGUGUGUGUGUGUGUGUGUGUGUGUGUGUGUGUUUUGUGUAAACGUUUCCUCUUGCAAAUUUUAAUUUAUCUUUGCUAUAACUGUGAAUAAAGAAAAAUACCACAAAA